CGUCAACUUUAGACUGGGGUCAGUACAUUUACAUGGUUUUAUCGACUGAUCAAGACGAAGGAAUUGCUCAGUUGGUGGGCCGUCCAUAGCCCAAUUUACAUGUGAGGUCGGUCAAAGGCACUAUCAACCUUUUAUUGUUCUUCCCCAUCUCCAUAAUAAUUUGUUUGCCUUUAUUAACAAAUCCACAGCUUCAAUCUUUGCCCUAGCAGUAAAAAUGGCUUCAACAGUUAGCAUUAAUUGGGACUUUGAUGAUAUAAAUGGCAGUUGGGUUGAGACUUGAGAAAGAAAGACUAGGGAUAUGAUUUCAGAGAGAAUGAUUUUUUGGGGUAUCAACUAAUUUUACUAGUAGGGUUCAAGAAAAGUAGUGCCCUGUCUUUUUUACAGAAAAAAAAGAAUCAUGUAAACAGAAGGAAGCCAAAUACACCCACUCCCUUAUAAAUUUCCUCAUAUUAGAAAUUCAAUAUCACCACGCAGAUUAUCUUUCUGCACUCUUUUCUCUCUUUUUCUUCUGUUUGUUGUCAUCUUUCCUUUCUUUGUGCUGCUGAAUCUUGCUACCUAGCAACAAUGGUGGCCAAGAAGCCAAGAAUUGUGAUUAUUGGAGCAGGAAUGGCUGGUCUCACAGCUGCAAACAAGCUCUACACUUCCGCUAGCUCAAAAGACUUGUUUGAGCUUUGUGUUGUGGAAGGUGGCAACAGAAUUGGUGGCAGAAUUAACACUUCUGAAUUUGGUGGUGACAGGAUAGAGAUGGGAGCAACAUGGAUCCAUGGCAUUGGAGGCAGCCCAGUUCACAAAAUUGCUCAACAAAUCAAUUCCUUAGAGUCUGAGCAGCCAUGGGAGUGCAUGGAUGGAUUCUUAGACGAGCCAAAGACUAUAGUUGAAGGUGGGUUUGAGCUCAAUCCAUCUCUGGUUGAGUCCAUAUCCACUCUUUUCAAGAACCUGAUGGAUUUUGCUCAGGGUAAAUUGAUUGAAAGCAGUGAAAACACUGAAGGAGUUGAUUUCUACAAGCUUGCAGCCAAAGAUUAUAAGACUUGUAAAAGCAAUGGUGUUGUUUCUGGUAAGCUGGGUGUUGUUUCUGGUAAGCUGAGUGUUGGUGCUUUUCUUAGACAAGGCCUGGAUGCUUAUUGGGAUUCCACAAAAGAAGAAGAAGAAAAGAUGAAAGGGCAAGGAAAUUGGAGCAGAAAGUUGCUCGAGGAAGCCAAUUUUGCAAUGCAUGAAAAUGUUCAAAGGACUUAUACUUCGGCAGGUGAUCUCUUGACUCUAGAUUUUGGUGCAGAAAGUGAGUAUCAGAUGUUUCCAGGUGAGGAAAUCACCAUUGCGAAAGGCUACUUGAGCAUAAUUGAAUCACUAGCUUCUGUUCUACCUAAGGGUCUAAUCCAACUAGGCCGGAAGGUGGCGAGAAUCGAAUGGCAACCUGAAGCCCAACAAUCAAUGGAAAAUGGGUAUGCAAAUGGGCCAGUGAAGCUACAUUUCUGCGAUGGCUCGGUUAUGUGUGCUGACCAUGUUGUGGUCACAGUUUCACUGGGGGUACUUAAAGCUGGAAUUGGUGAAGAUUCAGGUAUGUUCAGUCCUCCUCUUCCAUCUUUCAAGACUGAGGCGAUAUCAAGGUUAGGAUAUGGUGUUGUUAACAAGCUAUUUCUGCAAUUGAGUUCAAACCAUGCUGGUAAAGAUGAAGAUUGCAACAAAUUUCCCUUCUUGCAAAUGGCUUUUCAUCGAGCAGACUCAGAAUUGAGGCAUAAAAAGAUACCCUGGUGGAUGAGAAGGACAGCCUCUAUAUGUCCAAUUUACAAGAACUCUAGUGUGUUGCUAUCUUGGUUUGCAGGGAAAGAAGCAGUUGAGCUUGAAUCUCUGAGUGAUGAAGAGAUUAUUAAUGGGGUUUCGGCAACAAUAUCUAGCUUUUUGCAAGCACCCCAGAAGCAAGUGAAUGGAAAUUCUCAUGAAUUCUGCAAAUGGAGUGUGGGGGGCUCAAAUGGAAAUGAAGUUAAAUUCAGCAAGGUUUUGAAGAGCAAAUGGGGGAAUGAUCCUCUGUUCUUGGGAUCUUACAGUUAUAUAGCAGUUGGAUCAAGUGGGGAUGAUAUGGAUUCAUUAGCAGAGCCAUUACCAGCUAAGAUUGGUAACUAUGAAACUGCUGGGUGUCCUCCACUUCAAAUUCUAUUUGCAGGGGAGGCAACACAUAGAAACCACUAUUCUACUACACAUGGCGCUUAUCUUAGUGGUCUUAGGGAAGCCAACAGGAUUCUUCAACACUAUCACUGUAUUGGGGUUUAGACACUUAGUACCAUAUGAUUACAUAAAUAAUAUAAUGUAUUUAUAUAUUUUUAAAAAAUUUGUCAGACACUUAUUUUGGUGAUUUUAUUCCACAUUUUCUAUUUUCCAUCUAAAACAUGUUUCUUUCUCUUUCUAUAAAGUUGAUGAGUUAUGAGUGAGAGAAGAAAAGAAAAUUAGGGAGGGACGAAAGAGAUAGAUGGGGACAUUUUUAGAUGUAUUGCCUAAAUUAAAGAAGCUUCUUUUUAAUUUUC